AUGUCGUCCUCCCAAUCUACAGGUCGGCGUCGAACCCUCAGUCUGGCGAAAGGUUCCUUGCCAGGGAGCACGUAUCUAGAUGACCACCUGGAAUACAGAUCCCAUCAAAGUGGUCCAGCCACAAGCAUUGACGGGGUCCUCGAUGGACACCAACCAUCUAUUCGAGUUCCCCGAAACACUCUCUCGAGCACCUCACUCUCGUCGCGCAGGUCUGUCAGUGCGAUUCCGCCGUCCCCCAUCGUGGCCCAGGAGACGACGGUGCACACCAUAUCCCACACGAAUUGUGUGCCGGAACACGAUGAUCCUAUUAGAUUGGUUGCGACCAUCUACUACAACUCGGCUUCUCCACGACAUCCUCACAUCCACCCAGACCAGUCCCCGCAAGCACGGCCGUCUGAUCCAAUCCCCGUUCCAGAGAUCGCAGAAGGCUCUGCGCCAACCACGAGCCUCGCGGAAUACCCUCUCGAGCCACCGGCACCCGAACCUGAGCCUCUGGAUCACCUCUACGGGGCCUACAUUUCUCAAAUGUGCUUGACUCAUUUCCUCUCAACUCUGGACAGCCUUCUCAUCCACAAUAGACCAGACGAGCGUCGACUGACCUCCUCGCACCGAUGCCUGGCUCCGGACCCAUUCAAGCCCCGAGUCAUGGAGUUGACAUUCACACCGCCCCCAAACUCCGAGUACUUGCCCUUCGAAUUGAUCCCCAAACACGAGUCCAUCUAUAAGUUCGAGCGAGAAUGGAACUGCGAAAUCAUUCUACAGCCCUCCAACGUGUUCCGCCGGCACAAACGGCUCUGCGUCUUCGACAUGGACUCGACUCUCAUCCAACAGGAGGUGAUUGACGAGAUUGCAGCCUUCGUCGGCGUCAAGGAACAAGUCGCUGGAAUAACCGAGCGAGCAAUGAACGGGGAGUUGGACUUCGCUGCCUCCCUGAAGGCGCGGGUGGCCCUUUUGAAGGGCGUGCCGAGCGACGUUUUCGAGCGCCUCAAGCCCAAAAUCAUCAUCACCCCAGGUGCCAAGGAGUUGUGUAAGGUUCUUAAACGGAUGGGAUGUACACUGGCUGUCUUGAGCGGAGGUUUCCAACCUCUAGCAGACUGGCUAGCCGGCGAGUUGGGUCUCGACCACGCCUUUGCAAACCAUUUGAUUUCGGACCCGGACUCGCAAACCCUGACCGGCGAACUUAAUCCAGAGUACUCGAUCGUCGACUCUGAGCACAAGCGUAACCUGCUUGUCAGCCUCGCAGCCGGCAAGCACAUUCCGCUCGCCCAGACGAUGGCCGUUGGGGACGGCGCCAACGACAUCCCAAUGCUGAAGGCGGCAGGGCUCGGUGUCGCCUGGAGGGCGAAAUCCAAGGUCCAAAUGGAAGCGCCGGCGCGUCUGAACAUUGGCGAGAGCAUGCUUGACCUGGCUUAUCUGCUGGGCUUGACCAAGGCCGAGAUUGACGAUCUGCUUCGGGAUUGA